AACCCUUUCUUAAUCUCGGAGGAUACAUUCGAAGAGCUCCGGAUUUGUUAAUGUACAUCCCAGGCAGAGAGGAGGAGCUUCAACAGAUAAUUUCUGCUUUUCGAUAGGAUCAUUGAGACCUCUAUAUUUGCAUAGAAAAUAUUGCAAACAUUUAAACUAAUGCAGUACAUUUCUCAGAGAUAAAAUUACGAUCUGGAUCUAAAGAAUAUCGAGGAAAUACAAAGUAAACGAUCAUAAUAUACUAUUAUUGGAAAGAAAAGUGGAUUUCUCUAGUAUUGCAGUAGAUAUGGGAGACAUUUGGAAAUAUGAAUUCUCUACAAUCAUGUGUAGAAGCUUCUGAAAGCAGAACCUAGUAUUAGCAGGGCUUUUGUUGUCCAGCCGGAUGCUAUUUUCGUUGCACGCACGCAGAUAAACAGUAAAAGAGAAGCGGAUUGAGGAAGUUUCACAAACGUACACCACGGAAAAAUCAAAAAACGAGUCCUCUACUCUAUACAGCAGGACUGGCUCGCUAUCUCCGUCCUAAACAUGCACAUGUCCGCUCCUUUGGUUCUGUUGUGGGUGGUUUUAUGCGCGGUUGUUAAUAUGGGGGGCAGCCAGAACCAAACCCGCGGUGUAACGAAACCCGAAGAGAAUAAAACCGGUAACGAGUCGCAGGUCCACGGCAACAGCGUAACGAAUUCCACGGGCAGUGACGGCUUUUUUCCAAGUAUGGACGACUCUAUGAUUAAAAGAGCCUUUUACGUGUUGAUAGGAAUCACCGCUACCGGGGUUUUGUAUUUCGUAAUCCGAGCCGUGAGGUUGAAGAAGGCUCCUAAGAAGAAGUAUGGGCUGCUGUCCAGCUACGAUGACACUGUGGAGAUGAAACACCUGGAGGAGAGUGAUGAUGACGACACAGUGUAUGAGGCCAGGAGCCUGAGGAGAUGAGGACAGAUGAGUGACCCUGAGCUCUGAGAGAAGACUGGAAACAUUAUUCCCAGUGAUUUAUAUUUUUGUACUACUCAAGGGUUCCUUUUCUAAGAGCACUGGAAAUGUGCAAUCUUUUAAAACUGUAUUUAUCUCCCAAUAUUUGUAUUUAAUGGUAAAAUGGGGGAACAAUUCAAUUAAUUUGAAAGUGACCAAAAACAAAAUUCCUAUGGCAUUCAGGUUGAAUGACAUAAAAUAUAUAUUUUUUACUAGUCCAUUAAUAACCACUGGAAUGCAUUCAGCACCAUCAGCCGUCUUUUAAAAAGCUGGUGUGAAAAGACUCUGCAAAUCGAUCACAUUUCUGUUAACAGAUAAAACUCCAUUGCAUGUCCUGUAGACAAAUUCCAUUCCACACGCAUGGAGAUUUCUUUGAAAAGAUUUAUAUGUCAAAGUGUAAAAGAAUUUACGACCUUAAAGCCUAUGUGUGUAACCUAAAAAAAAAGUGUUGGUGACACAAGGCUUAAAUAUACACAGACAAUGCUCCCUCGAAAUUACACUUUGAAGUAUUUUUACGAAUUUCAGCUGGGCCAUGUUGACAGCACAUUAGUCCUAUAUUUUACAGUAAAAGAGCCCUUCACUAAUUAACUGUUUUCAAUAUUUCAUAUUUUUGAUUUGACUUAGUAUUGCACGAAUAUCAAACCAGUUGCAUUCAUUUUUAACAAGAAUUUGAAAAUACUUACUAUAGACCACAAGAGGGCAGCAACAGCAUAUUGUUAGAAUGUAGACUAACGUUUGCAUUUGGACCAAACUGAUGGAUAAAUACACUAGCCUCUUCUACAGCUAGUGUGCAGUGUGUAUUGUAUUAACCCUUUCGUGCCUGAAUUCAAAUGCAGCGUGAGGGGGUCCCUUCAAUAUUGUUGUCAUAUUGUUCUUGCCAUAGCAGCCUUUUUCAGUUAAUGCUUGUUUGUAAUACAGCUUAGUGGUUCUCAGUUGCUCCAGUAUUGUUUAAAUCUUUUUCUCAAUAUGUGUCUCUAAACAAGCUUUCACUGCUAGUUUACUGCUAGCGCUGGAGUUCUGACUGCCUACAUGUCCUCAUUCCAAAAUGUUAUGUGGAUCCCUUUAUCAAAGAAAUGUUUGUGAUUGAAUUUAUUAAGUUUCUUUUAGCAUUUUCUACGUUUUGGCACGAUCAGGUGUUUGGGAUGGUAAGGCUUUUAUAUAUAAAUACCCGCUGAGGGACAUGACAUUUUGGAGUGUGGAAAAGAAAGCUGGCCAUAGUGAGCGUUAAAGUUAGCUGAACAUUUGAUAAGAGACAUACUAAAGGAAAAAAAGAUUCAAACUCAAUAUAAUGUAAAUGAUUACACAAAGCAGAAGGGAAGGGGAAAUGUUCAAAGCACAUUCAGUAAGAGUAAAAGCAUGCUGUCUUUAAAGAGUGAGUAGCUUGCAAUUUCAUUGUCCUGCUCCUAACAUUUUAUGAUGAUUCCAAUCAUUGAGUGGUCCUGGCAACUAGGAUUCUACAGGGUUGCUGAAUUCUUAGACACAUAACAAUUAUGCAGAUUCAGCAUUUGAGCAACAGGACUCGGGACUAGUUAGAACAAUUGUAAACAUCAUAAAAAAAAGCAACGUCUACUUUGAUCAGUAUUGUCAAAAUAAACCAGAGAACCUGGACCCCUUAUAAUGGCUAAUUCCAUACCAGUCUCUGAGUUUGUACAUGAGGUUUAUUUUUGGUAGAUUGUGGGUCAUGUACCUGCGAUAUGCAUUUGAUUAAUCGAGAUAUCGUUUUUGUUCUACGAAGCAGUGCAGUGACGAUUGCUUUCUGCAGUUGCUUGCUGUCAUAUGCUGUUUUUCUUUAUAGUUUGCAGUAAGCUAUGAUUCUGUUGAUUUUAAAGUCGCUAAGUUUGGGACAUGUUUGGUACUGUUAUUAUACAAGGGUUGAUUUGAUCACCCUGAUAAGCCACAGCUGGGUCUUUUAGAGCAUUUUACAGCACAGGAAUCCUCCUGGAUUUCAUGAAAAUUAGCUUGAUGCAAUGCAGGGUAAUCGCUGGUGCUGCAAAAUGCACUAAAAGUCAGGUAUAGGUUGAUCAAAUCAGGCCCUAAACGUUAGUUAUUGGUUCCACAAUAACAUGAUACUGCAGUGUGCCAAAUUGAUGUAGCAGGAGGGAAGUCAUUUCAAACUUUCUGGCAAUUCACCAAAAAAAAAUCUGAAACACUGCAGAGUUUGCACAAUUUUUUAAAAAGAAAAAAACAUAUAAACCGUUUUUAAUCCAGGACCUUCUUGGCAUAAAAUCACUUUGGGUCCAGAUCGAUAAAAACAUCUCUCUGGUAUGUUAAUUUAAAAGUGUGUUUUUUUUCCCCCUUGUUCACUGCAUUUGUUUUGAAUAAAUGCUUUGUUUACAAUCCCAUGUUCAGUAAAAAGACAUUUUAGGGAAAAGAGAUUGAGAAGAGAAAUGUAUAUUUAAGCAGAAGUAGCUUUAAUGUCAUGUUAACUGCUUAAAAAAAAACAGAUGUCCUUAUUAUUGUAUGGUGUUUGCAGUCAUUCCGAACUGGUCUGGGUUCUGCUCCAAUAUGCAGUUCAUAUUUUUCUGUCCUGGGUUUGAGCUGUUGUGAGCUUGCCUGGAGAACCCUAAAUGCCGAGGCUGAACAGCCUCCCUCAUUCCAGAGUAGGUGGUUCCUGCAGAGUUUAAAGAUCACCCUGUCACAUGAUUUGAAUGGAAUGAGGGAGGCUGUUCAGUCCCAGCAUUUAGGAUUCUCCAGACCAUCUCAACGUCGGGCUGUGUUAGAGAUAUUGGAGCAACAGGACCAUAAAAUAGUCAGGAUAAUAUUAAAUAGACGUUAAAAUGACAUUUAAAGCUGCUUGGUCUUUAAGAUAAGAAGUUCUCGAUUGCCUUAUGUUUACUGUGUGUGUGUAUUUGUCAGUGGGGGUUGAGUGGAACUACGUAUGGAGUAAGAGACCAAAUACUGUAGCUGAUCGAGGAUAUAUACUAUUAAUGGGUAGCGGUGGGAUUUAUUUGGUAUGCUCACUCAAUUCCUCAUGCAAGGUGGUGGGAUGAGCUCAUUUUUGCUGAACACCGGCAGUGCUUAUUGUACAUAACUGAAGCAUCGCUUUCUUAAUAAAAAUGGUUUUGUCUUUAAAAUA